AUGGCACAGAAUAUUCAAAUCCCACAAUUCUGGGAAUUGAUUGAAAAAUCGCUGUCAAUUAAUCCAGAAGGCAUACAAGAGAUUAAGGAGAUUUUGACCGUUUUUAAGUAUACGACCAUUGAAAGCAUCGUCAAGUUUGUGAAACGCAAAGAAAUUAGUAUGAUUGAAUUGGAGUUUUUGAACCGAAAAACAGAGCUGAUCGAAAAAUAUCCACAUUUACAAAAUUUUACGUUUGCGUCAGGUGUUUAUUCUAUAUUGAGUGAUAUUGCAUUGAAAAUUAAAAAGAACUAUGUACAAGAGCGCAAUGAUAUCGAUUUGGAACAAGUUUUGGAAAAAGUGGUUACUGAUGCUAGAAAGAAAGUGAUUGAACAAUACACUGCAACAAGUAGUUCGGUGGAUUCGAAAUGGAAGAAAAGUUUGGAAGAUGAAGUGAAAAUGGUGCGUGGCCAGCUGCGGUCAUCACAAAUGGAAAGACGUAAUCUUCUGCAUGCUUUGUUGGACUUACAAGGUAAAGUACGUGUGAUGGCCAGAUUGUGUCCAGCCAAAUGUUUGUCGGCCAAAAUUCAAUACCAAAUAAACUCCAAUCAAACAAAAUUAAAGUUGUUGAAAAAUGGCGAACAGAAAGACUUUAAGUUUGACUAUAUCUUUGAUGAUGGCAAGAACCAGGCUGAUGUGCUCGAGUUUAUUAAUCCGUUAAUAAAAUCAGCACAGGAUGGCUAUAAUGUUUGUGUUUUAGUGUACGGGCAAACGGGUAGUGGAAAAACUUUCACAAUGAUUGGAUCCGAUAGUGAGCCAGGUAUCAUUCCACGUCCAGCCAGCCAGAUCACAUUCCUUUCGAACGAGUUACUUUCCUCACGGGAAUCAAAAGCAUCUGGAUGGAAUUACUCAGUCGAAGUAUCAGUACUUGAAAUAUACAACGAUACUAUGUAUGACUUACUUGAUGACACAAAUAAGCCAACAGUGUCGUAUGGAUCCCAGAUUCAGAAUUUGACCAAAGCCAAAGCAUCGAAUGAGGAGCAAUUGAAAGGCAUAUGGUCAAAGGGAGUGAAAAGCCGAAGAGUUGAGACGACCACCGGUAACGAUUUUUCAUCUCGAUCACACGCAAUAACACAAUUUCAUCUCACGGGCGAACACAGCGAUGGUUCCAUGCGAACCUCAACAAUCAAUUUGGUUGAUUUGGCCGGAUCGGAAAGUGCGACUGAUAGUCAAAAUAUGAAUGAAACGAGAGCAAUAAAUUCGUCGCUAUCCGCACUAAAUGGAGUGUUUGCGGGGUUGAGAAAGAAUACGCCAAUCGAUUUCACUCAAUGUCUUUUGACAAAGAUAUUGAAACCCUGCUUCAUAGAUGAUUCCAAAACACUUCUGAUUGCAAAUUUAUCUACCGAUCAACAUAACUACUCUGCUACUGUAAACACCUCACGUUUUGCGAACUGCAAGUGA